UGUAGUCUGUACUAAUCUCGUGGUCUCUAUUUACUCACCCUCUAGAUUCACUCUCAGUCUCCUCACUUGUCAGUCUCUCUUUCUAUAUCCCCCCGUCUCACAAAGAUUUCAAUUUUCCUUCUCUUAAAAAUCCCAUUUCGGAUUAACAGUAUUUUUUUUCUUCCAAGCUCUCUCUCAUGGCUUCCAUCAUUGAAUCUUGCUGGCUGUAUCUGAUCACACAUUUCAGUGACUUCCAACUAGCUAGUUUGGGAAGUUUCCUGCUUCAUGAAAGUGUUUUUUUCUUAUCUGGACUUCCAUUUAUAUAUCUUGAAAGAGCUGGGUUGCUAAGCAAAUACAAGAUUCAGACAAAAAACAAUAACCCUACUGCUCAGGAAAAAUGUAUCACUCGCCUGCUUUUUUAUCAUUUUAGCGUCAACCUACCGCUUAUGAUUCUCUCGUAUCCUGUCUUCAGAUUCAUGGGAAUGAGAAGUAGUCUACCAUUGCCAUCCUGGAAAGUGAUCCUAACUCAGAUAAUAUUCUACUUCAUCCUGGAGGAUUUCGUGUUUUACUGGGGACAUCGUGUUUUACAUACAAAAUGGCUGUACAAGCAUGUACACAGCGUCCAUCAUGAAUACGCUACACCAUUUGGACUGACAUCAGAAUAUGCUCACCCUGCCGAGAUAUUGUUCCUUGGCUUUGCCACAAUUGUUGGCCCGGCCAUAACUGGCCCACAUCUGAUUACUCUCUGGUUGUGGAUGGUUCUUAGAGUCCUCGAGACAGUUGAGGCACAUUGCGGUUAUCAUUUUCCAUGGAGCCUCUCGAACUUUCUACCUUUAUAUGGGGGUUCCGAUUUUCAUGACUACCAUCACCGUUUGCUUUAUACGAAAUCUGGCAACUACUCAUCCACAUUUGUUUACACGGAUUGGAUAUUUGGUACCGAUAAAGGCUACAGAAAAUUGAAAGCACUAAAGCACAACGGAGUUGAAGGUGGCAGGAAGCAAACGUAAUGGUGAAUGCUAGUUCAGGAUGUUCACGGAAAAGGUCGUCAUUGAAUCUUUGCAUGCGAUCGUUGGUUUUCUUGGUUAAUCUUUGUCCAUGUUGAUAGCCAUAAGCUAUGUGGAAUCAUUAGAUAUAUUUUCCUUUCAACAUUUUUACAGUCCCUUUCUGUGCUUGAACGAAGUUGCCGUUCUACCAAGGUAACCAUUUGUUGUUUUCUUCUUUGAAAUCAUUUUAUAAGGGUAACCAUUGUAGAUUUUGGAGGUUGAAUGUUUGAAUAAUGUACAAUUAUUUAAUAUUUGUUGGUUUUUAUGGGCAA